AUGGGAUCCUGCACCUGCCUGCGCGCACGUCUUGGCCUGCCUCGGAGGCGGGCGGCGGAGCUGGGCGGCCCCGCCGAGGGCAGCAAGGCCACCCCGGACAAGCUGGGGGGGGCACCGGGUGAGACCCCUCCGCGGCUGGGGUGCUGCGACUGCCGCGCCUCCUACCCCGCUGUCUGCAGGCACGGCGAGCUGCCCCCCCGGAAAUCCUUCGCUUGCAAGCACUGCGACAAGGAGUACGCCAGCCUGGGCGCCCUCAAGAUGCACAUCCGCACCCACACGCUGCCCUGCCUCUGCAAGAUCUGCGGGAAGGCCUUCUCCAGGCCCUGGCUGCUGCAGGGCCACAUCCGCACGCACACAGGCGAGAAGCCGUACAGCUGCUCUCACUGCAGCCGCGCCUUCGCCGACCGCUCCAAUCUGCGCGCCCACCUCCAGACCCACUCGGACGUCAAGAAGUACCAGUGCCGGGCCUGCACCAAGACCUUCUCCCGCAUGUCCCUGCUGGCGCGGCACGAAGAGGCCGGCUGCUGCCCGGCGUCCUGAUGUGCCCGCCCGGGGCUGCUCCCAGCAGCCGGGGACAGAGCAACCGGCUCCCUGCCAGGCUGUCAAGGGAAAGGCCCAUGCAAUGGGCAUCUUCAGCACAUGCACAGGGGAGGCCUGGCUGUCC